AUGGCUUCCAUGAUGAUCUUCCUCAACAAACAGGUUUGUGAACUUUCAGUCAUCAUACUAUCAAGAAUUAUAAUGUUUAAAAGCAAUCUUAUCCCUCUUACAGGUUCUUCCAAGAAACACCCUACUUAUCGUGGAGUGAGGCGUAGAGGAAACAAUGGAAAAUGGGUUUCUGAAAUCCGUGAGCCAAAAUCCCCUAACCGGAUAUGGCUUGGUACAUUCGCCACUGCUGAAAUGGCUGCGGUGGCUUAUGACGUGGCAGCACUCGCACUCAAAGGUAGAGAUGCGAAGCUUAAUUUUCCCGACGCUGCUUCUUCUUUGCCAGUUCCUGCUUCUUCUGCUUCUCGUGAUAUCCAGGCUGCUGCCACUAGUGCAGCAGCAGCUGCGGGGGCAGCCAUGGAUGCUUUGGUAAGCUGUCAGAGUGGUGAUGUUACAGCUGAGCCACCAGUGAUUUGGAUUGCCGAUGAGUUUAUCGAUGAGGAUCUAAUAUUUGAUAUGCCUAAUAUGAUAAACAGCAUGGCUGAAGGGAUGCUUCUUAGCCCCCCUCGUUUUGACUUCAUAAGCGAAGAGAGUGCAACCGGAACUGCAUUUGACCACAGCCUAUGGAAUUAUACCUGAGUUGUCGAUUUGUUCAACUCUACUUGAUGUUUAUAUAUGUCCAAUGUUUUUAUUUCUGUUUGUAUAUAGUAUAUUAUGUAAUCGACGAAGAAAACGUAAAAGAUAGCAAGGGUAUGAAAAGUAUGGGGAUGGUUAGGGCUACAGUGAUUAAUGUAGUCGAACAUCCAUCGUAAGAUAUACGUACGUAUUGCGGGUUUUUUAUCUGAGAACAGGCAUCUUGAAGUAAGAUAUCUUAGAAUAGACAC